AUGGCAGGUAAAUUUUCCGUGUUGUUUCUCGUCGGAUUCGUGGCCGCUGUGGUCGUCGCCCCGUACAUGAUGGCAGAGGCGAGAUACCUACCCACCCGGGGAAAUGACGACCGGUUGACCAGAUUGAAAGAACUGUUGACGGAUGUAAGUAGCUAUAUGUAUUUUGGAGUAAAAAAAAAGCACGGAGAACACAUCCCAUUAUUAAACGUUCGAUUUGAAUCGGUUCGCCAAAAAAAGUUAUGUAUACCCAAAAUAUGUAAUGGCUUUUCGUAA